UCGCUUCCCCUAGUGCCGUCCCUCUCGCUGCCCCCGCCUCCACCUGUCCACGCCGAUCUCCUCCGCUCCUCCUCAUACACGAGAGCGCGCACGAUGCAUUGCAUGGCUCCGCCACACACCGCGCGAUCCCCGCGCUCGUUUGCACCAUACACAUAUACACGCUGCUGAUACGUACGCUUCCCGAGCUCCGCUCGGCCGGCCAUCGCUACCCGCCGCCCCCGGCCGGGCCCGUGUCGUCCCGCUGUCCGUCACAACUAUAGCGUCGCUUUGCAGUGCGUGAGGAUAUAACCACACGGAGGUGUGGAGAUGAACCAGUGUGUACCGAGCUGGGAUCUGGACGACCCGGCGACAGCUGGUGCGGGUGGACUUAAUCCGGUGUCGGCGGCCGGCGUGCACCGGGGGGCAGUGUCAGGAAACGGGGGCGCGUUCGCGCCCGUCGUCGUGCCCAUGUCGAACCAGUACUGCGACGUGGCGGAGCUGACGUGGGAAAAGAGCAACAUCUCGUCGCACGGGCUGCUCAACCGGCCGGUGCCCAAGUACCAGCCCGCCGCGUCAUCGCAGCUGCAUGCCAUAGGAGUCAGUGCCGGCGGCGGGGACCGGGAGACGCUCGAGGCAGUGGUCGGCGAGGCGGCCGCGCGGUCGCACUUCGCGCAGCCAGUGCCCGCCGCGCCGUGGUUCCGGAUGGGGGCGGCGGUCGGCGUCGGCGCCGUGGCGCGCACGCCCGCGGACGCGCUCGUGCCCUGUGCGAGGGACGAGGCGGCGGAGGGGGAGGCAGCGCGGAGGAAGCGAGCGCGGGUGGUCGGCGAGGAUGGGCUGGUGUGCGCCAGCCAAGGGAGCGCCGCCCCCGGCCGCCGCGGCGAGAGCGCGCUGUUCACACUGGACGUCUCCGGCGGCACCGCGACCGACGACGUGUGCGGGUUCACAACGACGACCAACAACUCGACGUCGCUGGAGCGGGAGGACAAGGGCUCCCCGGACACGGAAAACACCAGCAUCGGCGGAGGGGUCAGUGACUUGCGCUGCUUCAGCCGUCGGUCACAGAGAGACGGCUUGUGCGACGAUGGGGAUACUGUGGUGAUCAACGGGGAAGCGGCAAUGAGGUCGUCGUCGAUUUCCACCAAGAGGAGCCGGGCCGCUGCUAUCCAUAACGAAUCUGAGCGAAAACGAAGGGACAGGAUCAACCAGAAGAUGAAAACCUUGCAAAAGCUCGUCCCGAACUCAAGCAAGACGGACAAGGCGUCGUUGCUGGACGAGGUGAUCGACUACCUGAAGCAGCUGCAGGCGCAGGUGCAGAUGAUGAGCCGGAUGAGCAGCAUGAUGAUGCCCAUGGCCAUGCCGCAGCUGCAGAUGUCCGUCAUGGCGCAGAUGGCACAAAUGGCCCAGAUGGCGCAGAUGGCCCAGGGCAUGAUGAACAUGGGCUCCCUCGCGCAGCCGGGCUACGCCGGCCUCACGCUGCCCAUGAUGCACCCGCCGCCCUUCGUCCCCAUGUCCUGGGACGCCGCCGCUUCCACCUCCGGCGCCAGGGCCGACCGCUCGCAGCAGCCCGGCGGCGGCGCCGUGCCGGACGCCUUCUCCGCCCUCAUCGCUUGCCAAGCGCAGCAGAAUGGCCAGCAACCGAGCAGCACGGAGGCGUACAGCAAGAUGGUAGCGCUGUACCAGAAGAUGAACCAGCAGCAGCAGCAGCAGAGCCAGCCCACCAACUCAUCCAAACAGUGAACAUGACCUAAUGCACACAAACAACGCGGUCCAGGUGAGCCUUUUUUCUUCCUGCCGGCAAUUGAGUGCAGAUAGAGAAUGCAGCGCACUGCUCAAUCAGUAUCUGUGCAGCAUAACAUGUGUCAACCAUCCAUCUUUUUAAGAUCUUUUCGGCUCCUGCCUGAUAUUUUCUGCUCAGUGCUCCAACACAAUGUGCCGGAGCCUGAACAAGGAAGUGAUGAUCUGUUCUUUUGGAGUGAGCUCGGUGGAUCAAGUUGCUGGGCCGUCAAUCCGAAGGACGCGCACUCAACGACUGAGCUGUCAACCCGUCAUCUACUGUUGAUGCUGUCAAUUAAGGGAACUAGCGUAUCAAUCCGUGUGACUGCACAGACUAAAAAUUUAGCUUACGGCUAAAUUGUAGAUAUUUGUAUUAAUAAUGGUUGUAUGUUAAGAUACAUCAACUAUUUAUAUUUAAAUAUUAGAAUGUAAAAUAUAAAUAUAAUUUUUGUUCAUAAUAUUGGAAUCAUGUUUAUUAUUUGUGAAUAUAUCCAAUUUAUAAUUUUCA